UCCUCUCGAGGGAACCCAAGACGCUCUAUAUUAGUGUGAUUUAACGAAUAACUCGAGUGACAUUAGUCCACUUGAUCCAUGAACAGGAGAAUUAAUGCGAGUUACGGUCAGUGAAAUCUUGUCAUAACUCAGGCAUCGGCGUUAUUAAAACAUUCAAUGCCGCUGAUACACGGAGAGAAAUUCUUUAGAUAAUUUCCUCAAUUAUGAUUUCGACCAGUUAGAAUUCAGUAUUCAGGGUCAGGUGACACGUUUCACACUGAUACUUUCCCUGUAGCAUGUUAAUCGUUUCCAACGAAUUUGACAGUUAUAUUUAGUGCUGACACCAAAAUUCUAGUGCUGACACGAAUAAUUCCGAGGCAGCAGUGAUGGGGCGAAGCAUUUCAAUAAAGAUCCUGUCAAUAGUCCUGGCCCUGGGCGUCGGUGUCACCGGUUGUCUCGCGUAUUACUUGGCCGAUAAUCAGCACGAUGCAACACACCGAGCAUCCGAGAAACUCGUGAUUGAUACUGACGCAGGAGGCGAUGAUGCCAUGGCGAUUUUACUUGCAUUAUCAGCAUGGAAGAGCAACCACUCCAAUUUCGAAGUCAUUGGCAUCACGUGUGUGUACGGCAAUACUUAUGAGAAAAAUGUGGAGACUAAUGUACUCAAGACACUCACUGUUGCCAACGCCGCCGAGAUUCCAGUAUACGGAGGAUCGCAAAAGCCCCUGAUAUCCUCCAACUUCACCGCGGGAAACUACUUCGGAGAGGAUGGCUUCGGGGACUUCCCGUUCGAGGAGAAAAUCACAGCUAAAGUUGAUUCUAAACACGCUGCAAUUGCGUUAGUUGAUUUAGCAAGGGAGCACAAAGGAGAGCUCAAUAUUCUUGUGCUGGGGCCCCUCACGAACAUCGCGGUGGCCCUCGCCCUGGACCCCAACUUUCUACGCAAUGUCAAAAGGCUGUAUGUCAUGGGCGGCAGUGUGGCGGGGAUGGGGAACAAAUCGCCAGGGGUUGAGUACAACUUCGGACACGACCCCGAGAGUAAUUUCGUUACUUUCAACUCAACUGAGUCCAUUGUAUUGUAUCCGUGGGAGGCAGUGCGCAGCACCGCAAUAAGUCGGGAAUGGAGAAGGAAAAUUCUAGGUGUCUUGCCCUCUAAAUUCAUGAAAUUCAUGAACAAAGUGGAGGAAAAAAUUCUAGACGAAGUGUUCUGGAAGCCAGCAGACGUGAUGGCAGCAGCAGUCAUGAUCUGGCCGCACAUAGCAAAAGAAAAUUGUUCAACCAGAGUCACCCCAAUAACCGACGGCGCAGCUAGAGGGGGCGUCCUGGUGAACUACGACGAUAUUCCCGAGAACAUCAACACAAAGAUCAUCCUAGAAAUCGACGUCGAAAUGUUCAAACAGCUGCUCCUCCACCAUUUCUCUGAGAAAUCCCCCCAACAGCGACAAAAAUAAUACUUUUUUCAACUUUUUCUACUCACAUUGAAGAAAUUCGUGCUUUUUCGGUCGGCGAAGAGCCCCUGGAGGGUCAUCCCUGUGUGGUACUGACACUUGAAUAUCCCCAUGAGUAGAUCUCGACAUUUGUUGUUGUCCUUGACUGUUUUGUUGUUGAAGUAGAAGUGACAGAGACGGUAUAUCGACUUGUAAUGCCCUGGGAAUCUCAAGACACACUGCUCCAGGCCUGCCAGACAGUAGCUGAUGAUUUUUGACACUUCUGCCUCUGUGAGAUACUCCUCUAGAAUAAUUAACGAGUAAAUUAAUCGACAAAUAAUCAAAAUCAUGACGAGAUAAUUUCUUUCCCUUCCUCUAAUUUUGUAGAAAAAUGAAAACAGUUCCCAAUUUUUUUUUCUAAUUCAUCAUUGCAUUGAUACUUUAUUAUAAUUGUCGAUUUCCAGAACCUCAUGGAGAUCAGAUUCAAAAGAAAAUCUCACGAUUUGAUCUUAACAGUAUGAUUUUUCACUCAAUCCAAUAUUGAUUUCAAUUUAAUUUGCUAGAAAUUUCUGAAAAUCCCUAUUGAAAAAUUCGCCUCAAUGCAGAGACUAAAAAUAGAGUGAAAAAAAAUUACUAAAUUGA